GCUGAGACCUUCCCCGCACCGCUGCCUGGCAUGACCACCACGUUUCUGCAGCCCUCGUCCUCCACCUUUGGGGGUGGUGGCUCUACCCGGGGAGUUUCCUUCCAAGCUGGGGGAGGUGGCUUUGGUGGGGCGAGUCUGUGCGGGGGAGGUGGAGGUCGUAGCAUCUCGGCUUCUUCCACUAGGUUUGUGUCCUCGGGGUUGGGAGGGGGCUAUGGGGGUGGCAUGAGCUGUGGCUUUGGUGCAGGUGCAGGUGGUUUUGGUGGAGGCAUUGGAGGUGGCCUUGGAAGUGGCAUUGGUGGGGGUUUCAGUGGUGGCUUUGGUGGUUUUGGUGCCAUUGGUGGCGAUGGCGGUCUCCUCUCUGGCAAUGAGAAGAUCACCAUGCAGAACCUCAACGACCGCCUGGCCUCCUACCUGGACAAGGUGCGUGCCCUGGAGGAGGCCAAUGGUGAGCUGGAGGUGAAGAUCCGUGACUGGUACCAGAAGCAGAGUCCUACCACCCCAGAGCGCGACUAUAGCCACUACUUCAAGAUUAUUGAAGAACUCCGUGACAAGAUCCUGGCAGCCACCAUCGACAACUCCCGUGUCAUCCUGGAGAUUGACAAUGCCAGGCUGGCAGCGGAUGACUUCAGACUCAAGUAUGAGAACGAGCUGGCCCUGCGUCAGAGCGUGGAGGCCGACAUCAAUGGCCUGCGCAGGGUGCUGGACGAGCUGACCCUGGCCAGGACUGACCUGGAGAUGCAGAUUGAGAGCCUGAACGAGGAGCUGGCCUUCCUGAAGAAGAACCAUGAGGAGGAGAUGAAGGAGUUUGGCAGUCAGCUGGCGGGACAGGUCAAUGUGGAGAUGGAUGCAGCACCAGGCGUGGACUUAACCCGCGUGUUGGCUGAGAUGCGGGAGCAGUACGAAGCUAUGGCAGAGAAGAACCGCCGGGAUGCUGAGGCCUGGUUCUUCAGCAAGACUGAGGAACUCAACAAAGAGGUGGCCUCCAACACGGAAAUGAUCCAGACCAGCAAGACGGAGAUCACAGACCUGCGACGCACACUCCAGGGGCUGGAGAUUGAGCUGCAGUCCCAGCUCAGCAUGAAAGCCGGUCUGGAGAGCUCCCUGGCAGAGACUGAGUGCCGCUACGCCACGCAGCUACAGCAGAUCCAGGGAAUCAUCGGCAGCCUGGAGACCCAACUGAGUGAGCUCCGGUGUGAGAUGGAGGCUCAGAACCAGGAGUACAAGAUGCUGCUGGACAUCAAGACGCGGCUGGAGCAGGAGAUCGCCACCUACCGCAGCCUGAUUGAGGGCCAGGAUGCCAAGAUGGCUGGCAUUGGCACCAGGGAAGCUUCCCUGGGAGGUGGUGGCGGCGUCAGCAAAGUCCGCAUCAAUGUGGAGGAGUCAGUGGACGGGAAUAUAGUGUCUUCCCGGAAGAGAGAGAUCUAA